AAGGAUCGUAGUUGUGUAGCUAUACCUAUAUAUGUUUAUUGCCUGUCUGACUGUCUUUGUAUGGAGGGUUGAGUGUGAACGCACUCAAGCAUGUGCGUUUUAUGUUUACAUACGUCCCUCUGCGCAGCGCAUGCUCAACCGGAUACCAAACUGUCAGGCACCCGGAAAACUAAAGUGAAGCCUUCAUUCGUAUUGUUUAGAUCUGAAAGUUUUCUUAACGUGAAACAAGGAGUCCAUUCCAUGAUAAAGUAACGUAUUACAUAGAAGACAACACACACACACAUAUAUAUGGCCGCAGCUCUAAGCUGAAACUAUAUAUAUAUAUAUAUAUCAGUACCUCUUUGCCACUUAUCAACAAACGUAAGCAAACCGUCAAGAACUUCUUAAUAUGAGAUGCAAUUUAAACGAUGUAUUUGUAUUGAUAUUUCGGUCAAACUGAAGCGUUUGACCCCAGCUCAAAAAAAGAAAAAAAUAGUGUAUUGAUAUUUCUUCAUUCAAUCCUUUUCAUUUUGACUGAUCUAUCGUAAGAUUACUGACAGCCAAGAAAACAACCUAUCGCAGGUCUACACAAUCGCAACUGACCUACGGCUCUGAGCAACGAUGGAUGACUAUUGGAAGAUAAAACAGUGUUAGAAUCUACUUAUUGUGUAACGUAUGUAAUGUGAGACAAUGCGAAUGUGUAGUUGUAGGCAUUUGUCUGUCACCGUUUCUAUAUCUUCUACUGUUUGGUGUUAUCUGAGAAAUAUAUGACGUUGUCAUAUAAAAGGCAUUUUUCAGGUGCAUCAAGAAUAUUCAUCAUUGAAAUAAUUACAAAGAAAAACUACUUUACAUAACAGAACCGGGUACUACUAAAGCAGCACGAUUCCGUCCGCGCUAGCUAGUCGUGAGUGGUCGAUCCUAACCCUAACCCGUAUUCAUUUGCACACGCGGGUUAGGGUUAGGGUUAGGAUCGACCACUCAAGACUAGCUAGCACGGACGGAACCGUGCUGCAUUAGUAGUACCCAGAACCGAACUUGUUUUUAUAUAUUUACAAUCGAAUUGAUGCGAAAUAUUUUCGGUAAGAAUUUCACCAUAGUUUCUUUGUACGGAGAAUAUCAGUAACAUUACUAUCUCGAAAAUGGACUUGUGGAUUUUGCAUUCAAAUUAGACAUUUACAAACAAGUUUUCAGCAUCAUAUGUUGACAAAACAUCACAGACAAUGUUUCAGAUAGCAAAAUAAAAUUGAAAAAAUGAAAAGUGGGCAAGGGAAAAAAUAUGGCAAAUAAAUUGCAUGAGAAACAGGUUGAAUGGAAUACAGAGUCCAUAUCGACUGGUUUUUCUGAUAACAUACAUACCGAAAGAAGGAAAACAUAUUGCUGUGACAUCUAUAGUAAAUCUGUCUCUCAGAAUCACGAUCAAACCACUCAGAGAUUUAUUCAUACAAGAGAGAAACCACAUCACUAUGAGAUCUGUGAUACAACAUACUAUUCUAGAAAUGCAUCAAUGCUCACAAGUCUGUACAGACAGGAGAGAAACCUUACCAUUGUGUCGAUCGUGGAAAAUCACUCUCUGGAGCUGACUGCCUGACAAGACCUAAACACGUUGAUAUGGCAGAUAAACCAUAUCGCUGUGAUAUCUGUAAUAAAUUAUUCUCAAGAUUUAGUCACUUAACUAUACACAAACGCACUCAUACAGGAGAGAGGCCAUGUCACUGUGAUAUCUGUGGUAAAUCAUUCUCUUGUAAAAGUAGCGUAACUGAACACAAACGUAUUCAUACAGGAGAAAGGCCAUAUUUCUGUGAUAUAUGUAGUAAAACAUUCUCUGGCCGUAGUAACUUAACUAUACACAAACGUACUCAUACAGGGGAGAAGCCAUAUCACUGUGAUAUCUGUGGUAAAUCAUUUACUGGAAAUGGCAAUUUAACAAAACACAGACACAUUCAUGCACGAGGGAGGUUAUAUCACUGUAACACCUGUGGUAAAUCAUUCCCUACAGGUAAUAUGUUAACCAAACACAAACGUAUUCAUGCAGGAGUGAAACCAUAUUGUGAUAUCUGUGGUAAAUCAUUCUCUGAACGUGGGGAUUUAACUAGACACACACGUAUUCAUACAGGUGAAAAACCAUAUCACUGUGAUAUUUGUGGUAAAUCAUUCUCUGGAAGUGGUGAUUUAACUAGACACACACGUAUUCAUACAGGAGAGAAACCUUAUCACUGUGAUACCUGUGGCAAAUCAUUCACUGAAAGUGGUACCUUGUCUAAACACAAACGUAUUCAUACAUGAGAGAUGACAUAUCACUGUAUUAUAUCUUGUGACAAUAAAACAGCUCAUUGGAGCCGUUAAUAUGAUUUGACCGUGUUUAUUUUCUUAGCAUCUACUACAAUACUCUUGUGUCUUUCUCCGUCACAACAUUUUAAGAGUCUGGUAUAAUUCUUGGUGGACAUUGGGAUUAGACACUGAGGGAAAAUGGCUGUAACUUUAAUAUUAGGGAUAAAAAUCCAAAUUUACAGAAAAACCAGAUGACAUUGGCAUAAAAGUAUUUCUUCAGACGUAUCUUCAAUAUUCAUCAUCUUUAAAAAAUAAUUAAGGAAGAUAUUUUAUAGAAAGGAUAUAACCCUAUCUCUUUAAAUCUAUGGUGGAAUUGGUGGAAAUGUUUCUUGUGACCUGACAUCACUAACAAAAUUUCUCUCCUUCAUUGUCAGGAAUAUGUUCAAGAUUAUGUUGCGUUUUAAAUAAACUUGGAGAAAUUUACAAAGGAAUUUGCAGUAUCUUUAGAUAUCAACAAAAAUUAACAUGUGAUGGAAAAAUUACAGUAGAAAUAAUUAAGAAAAUACGAGAAGAGAAGUGAUCAGAAAA